CUUCGACUGCUUAUGGCAACUCUUAUAUGAACUCAAAAACUUCGAUCUCUUUAACUAAAAGAAAUGGAAGGACUCAACAAGAAUAUUGUGUGCGAUCUCUACAAGUCAUUGGCUGCCAGAGACACCGCCACCGUGCACCGCCUCCUAGCUCCCGACAUCGACUGGUGGUUCCAUGGCCCACCUGCUCAUAAGUUCAACCUCAUGCAACUACUUUCCGGUGGUUGUGCUUGUAACGACACCAACUCUUUCAACCCUCUUUCUAUCGUUGCUAUUGGAUCGUUGGUGGUGGCAGAAGGCUACCAUAUUCACGAGAGCGGAAAAAACCAUUGGGUGCAUGCGUGGACCGUGGAGAAUGGAAAGAUUAUAACGGAGGUGAAGGAGUAUCUAAAUACUUCUGUUACAGUCGCUCGUUGCAGAAAGUCUGAUAAUAUAUGUAUAACUUCACCACGAUCUCCUAAAUUCAAGAACAUGUGGCAUAGCGAACUUACUCACAAUGCUUCGAUACCUCGUCUUCUCCUAGUGCUUUAAAUUUACUGGAUCGUAAAAAAGAUGAUGUAUAGAAUUUUAUGGUGAGAAACGCAAAAAGA